GUAGUGACAAACUUCUGAAUUCAACAUCAACUUCUUCUUCAUUCACGAUCUCGGUGCAAGGUGCAACCCAUUAAAUCACAUUCCAUCUUCCUUAUCUGCGUUUCUUCGUCGGUGUUGGACAAAUGGGAGAAAAUCCCAGUUGGGUACUUCAAUCUGGUUGCUACUCCCCAACUCGCCUCCGCAGUCCUGUUGACUACGACUUUCCGGGAGAUAGAUUUAUACCCAAUAGGAGCCUGAUGGAUCUUGAUCAUGCCAAGAGUUUAUUGACAAACAGGACUAAAGAGUUGGAAAAGCCCAAAUACAGUGAGGAGUACAGCAGGAAAUUAAAGGAGAAUCUGACUCUAGAUGUUGAAGGAAGGCCCUACAGAAUGCUAGUCUUCAGGGGAAGCCCCAAAUCCAGCAGAAAAUCCUCGCGCCUUAUUGAUGAAAUGCGGAGAAGUGACGAGGACACAACAAAUACUAGGGAUUCUAAUAAAAAUCGAUCCUUCCCAAAGAAAGAAAGUCUUGUUUUGGAUGCACCAAACUUGAAUGAUGAUUUCUAUAUGAAUGUCUUGGAUUGGGGAAGUGGUAAUUUGAUUGCUGUUGCUUUGGGCUCAGCCUUAUACACCUGGAAUCCUAGUAACAGAGCAAUUCAUAAAUUAUUGGACGUGGACAGUCAAUGUGAUUAUCCUACAAGUCUAGCCUGGUCGGGGGAUGCCAGAAAGAUUGCUGUUGGACAUAUGUGCUCUGACGUACAGCUCUGGGAUGCCGAGACUUCAAAGCUCGUUAGAAGCCUAAGAGGCCAUCAGAAUAAAGUGGUAUCUGUAGAAUGGAAUGGUCACAUCUUAACAUCUGGAGGCAAUGACAAAGCUAUUAUUAACCAUGAUGUAAGAGCUAAGAAGAGUUUGACAUGCUACUUGAGAGUACACACUAGGGGUGUCUGUAGUUUGAAAUGGUCAAGAAGAAGCAACAUUCUAGCAAGUGGGGGAGAUGACAACCUUGUCUACAUCUGGAACGCAUCUAAGAUGAGCUCAUCACACUACAUGUAUCGCUUGAAUGCUCACAGUGCUGCGGUCAAGGCCCUUGCUUGGUGCCCGUAUAAUAGUGAUGUCCUAGCUUCUGGAGGAGGGCUUCUUGAUGGCAGUCUCAAGUUAUGGAAUGUGCAGAAAGGAGUUUGCAUUAACAGCAUAAAUACUCAUGCCCAGGUAUGUGCGUUGCAAUGGAACAGGCAUCAGAAAGAGAUACUGAGUGGGCAUGGGUUUAGCUGGGGAAACACUGACUGUGGAAAUCAGCUCUGCUUGUGGAAGUAUCCUUCUAUGUCCAAAAUAGGAGGGUCAAGCAAAAGCGAUUCCAGAGUUCUCCAUCUUACUCAGAGCCCAGAUGGAUUAAGAGUGGCGUCAGCUGGAGCAAACGAGACCAUUAGCAUCUGGGAAGUUUUUGGCCCACCUCAGGCUAAUGAACCAAGAAGUUCAGGAUUGGAUAGCCUGUUAGCUUUCAGGGCAUCCCCUAUAAGAUAGAUAGAUCACUUGAAAAUUUCGCAAGACACUGAAAACAAUCAUCAUCUCAUCUCUUAGCGUAUCUGAGUUCGAGUGUAUAUUUGUUUGACAGUUAUUUCCACUGCAGAGUCUCCAAUCACACAAGGUAGAUCAACGGACACCUGAAAAUAAAUAGUUUUCAUUAGUAGCGGGACCCAAUUUCAUCUUUUCUCUUAGCACAAUUCUUCAAUACCCUCAAACCAUCCCGUCUCAUUUUAUGAUUA